AUGGCUCAGACCGACCCCAGUUACAAGGAUACAGAAGUCGGCGAGGAGUAUCAAGCGCAGGCUCCUGCAUUGUACAAAGAUCAAACUUAUACGCUCGAUGGCCCUCCCGCCUUAGGUGGUGAUGUAGUGACUGCACACGAACAGCGGGAUCUCAAACGUGGUUUGGCGCAACGUCAUGUCUCCAUGAUUGCUCUCGCAGGCGCGAUUGGAACAGGCCUCUUCCUCAGUCUUGGAGGGGCAAUUCAGACUGGCGGGCCUCUAGGUGCCCUUCUAGGUUACAUCGUGGUUAGCCUAAUCGUCUGCGCUGUCCAAUUCGCCCUGGGAGAAGUGGCAGCAUUACUCCCUGUUACUGGAUCGUUCGUGCGACACGCCGAAUUUCUGGUCGAUCCUGCUCUUGGAUUCGCGGUGGGAUGGAAUAUCGUCUACGGCAACUGGCUCUCGGUGCCCACGGAGAUUUCGGCAAUAUGCGUACUCUUCGAAUACUGGACGGACCUCAACUCCUCGGUAUUCAUCAUCAUCUUCAUCGUCCUCACGUUCGCAGUCGGGAUGUCCAUGAUCAACAUCUACGGCGAGGUAGAAUUCUUCUUUGCAUCACUGAAGAUCCUCCUUGUUGUCGGCCUAAUCCUCCUGGGAUUAAUCAUUGACCUUGGUGGCGUCAAAGGCGUCGAUCGAAUCGGUUUCAGCUACUGGAAAGACCCUGGUCCGUUUGUCGAAUAUAUCGCUACCGGCGAUUGGGGACGAUUCCUGGGUUUCUGGUCGGUAAUGAUCAAUGCCGUGUUCAGUUUCGCAGGCGUAGAAAGUAUAGCUAUGGCAGCUGCUGAAACUCGUAAUCCGCGCAAAGCGAUCCCAAAAGCCUGCAAACGGGUCUUUGCUAGAGUCGCCCUCUUUUAUAUCCUCGCAGUCCUGAUCGUCGGAAUGUUGGUAUCGAGCGAUGACGAGCGAUUGGACGACGAUUCUGGUACAGCGGCACAAUCACCCUUUGUCAUCGCUGCUUCUGCAGCAGGUAUAUCCGCUAUACCCUCCAUCGUCAAUGCGGUGGUCAUCACUUCCGCUUUCAGCUCGUCAAACCAGGCUCUACUCGCCGGCACCCGCGUUCUCUACGGUCUCGCUAUCAAAGGUCAAGCUCCCAAGGUUUUCCUCCGGACGACAAGAUGGGGCGCGCCAUAUGUUUGCGUCCUACUCCAAACCGCGUUCAUGUUCCUCGCGUUCAUGUCUGUCUCGAGCGGCGCUCUUACCGUUUUCUACUGGCUUGUCGACCUCGUGGGCUGCGGCGUGCUUAUCUCCUGGAUCGCGAUUCUGGUGAAUCAUCUCCGCCUCCAUGCCGCGCUGAAGAAGCAGGGUAUAUCACGUACAGAACUGCCCUGGUCGAACUCUUGGACCCCCUACGCGUCCGCCGCUGCCCUGGCACUUUCCGUGAUCAUUUUGUUGACCAAUGGCUUUGCGGUAUUCACAAAGGGCGGUUGGGAUCCAGCCAGCUUCGUCUCUGCGUACUUGGACAUCCCCCUGGUCCUCGCUGCAUACCUCGGAUGGAAGUUCUUCAAAAAGACGAAGAUCGUCGCUCUGGAGGAUAUUCCGCUUGCGGAAGUCCUUGCUGCAGCUAGAAAGGAAGAUGAGUUGUAUGAGCUAGAGAAAAGGGGUUGGAGAAAGUACAUUUCUUUCCUCUGGGAUUAG